AUUCAAAGAAACAAGAAAACUAGUAUCGUUGUUGUCUGUCGAGGUCAAAUUCCCUGUUUAUCCCCCUUCAAUCCCAACUGUCGUUUUUUCAAAGGGUUGCAACUACCGUGGUUUCUUGCACUUCCACUUUCUUUAUCACAAGAACCUUUUGGUGACUUUCGAGACCAACUUUAUUUACUCACUACAUUUGUUUUUCAUUCAUUCCAAACCCGCUCGAAACCUCCAAAACCACUCCUUCAAGAAUCAAACAAUGGGAGCUAUAAAAUUGGAUCUUCGUCUUCCUUCACAAAGAUUCGAUGACGUUGCUCCUGAUCCUGAACCUGAUUGGAGCUUCGAUGCUCUCGUCUCCGAGCUCAAUAAUUUGGAGAACAAACUCGGCGCCACUUCUUCCACUCAACCUUUGCAUAUUCAUAAAACAACAACAUCAAGGCCUUACUUAUCCCGUGGGAAGGAAAUUGAGAAAGGUAGAAGGUUUGUACUUCGUGCCCCUGAGUAUGAGACGGAGAGUGAGGAUGAGGAUGAGGAUGACAAAGCGUUGGUAGUAGCCAGCGCUGGAAAACACUUCACUUGUGAUGACCUUUAUCUAAGUGACAGUGAUGAUUCUGAUGUUGACCCUGCUUUUGAAGUGCAACCUUAUCUGAUGAAUAAAGUUGGGGAGGUAGAAGGUGCCUUGAUUGAGUUAACACACGAACAUCAACUAAGAGUUACAGAUGAAGUCAGGAAUAAGAUCUCAGCUUUGGAGACAGCUCUUCUGAAUGAAAGUCAGAACUCUCUUUCUUCCCUUCUUCGAGUUGAGAAAUACAAAGAAACAAGGCAGGAGUUGGAUAAAAAGUUUGACACUCAAUAUCAGCGUCAAAUUGCAGAAGCACUUGAUAAUCACUUAACAGCUGUUCAGCGGGACCGUGAACUCAGAUCACAAAUAGAAGAAAGGAAAAUAAGAAAUGAUGCAGCGUAUGAAGAGGCCAAGAGAAAGGUUGCUUUACAAGAGGAAAAGCAGCAGCAGGAAAAAGCUAAAGCUGAAGCAGAGGCCAGACUUAAAGCUGAGGAAGUAAAACAAGCUGCAUUAGAAGCUGAGAGAAAAGCAGCAACGGAGGCCAAAACAAAGGCUGCAAUGGAAGCUGAAAAAAGAGCAGCAGCAGAAGCUGAAAGAAGGGCAGAAAAGGAUUCAGUAGAAAAUUCCAAAAUAGUUACUUCUGGAGUGACCCUAAAUACCACAUCAAGCCUACAUACUGAGGCCAAGGAAUCCGGUUAUGUAUAUCGAGCUGCAGCAAGUGCUUUAAAUAUAGAGCAUGGUAGGCUACAGAAACUGAAAGAGCUGUGUGACAGAAACCAAGCUGUAAGAUCAAGUUCUAACCAGGAUUAUACCAGAUACGAGAGUCAUAUUUCCCGGAAUAUAAGGCAAAUAAGGGGCAUAAGAGACAAUGUUAGAUCGAAAGCAAGUGAAAUCAUUAAAAUUUUCAAUGAUCGUCAAUGCCCUCAAACAUUCAGUGUUGAGACAUUUGUUAAAAAGGUUGUUUCGUCCUCUUCAAGCCCUGCUAGUGCUCCUUUUGCAAUUGCCUAUGUCAUUGUUCUCAUUACAUCUCAGGUCCCGUAUGUAAUGGAUAUUUUUCUUGCUGAGCUUCAUAGGGCCUGCCAUUACACAGUCCCAAAGCACAUGGUUUACAAAAAGACCAUGUUUCAAUCAAAAGAGGCAUACUUCAGAAGUAUUGGUUAUCGAGAAGAAGAUGAAAAAUUGGAGAGUACAGAAGAUUAUUUAAAGCGGUUAGAAUCAUAUAUGAAGGUGUACGGUGCACUGGUUCAGACUGAAAUUCCGAACAUUCAAAAUUUACAUGGCUUGCAAGAAGGUUGGGCGUGGCUUGCAAGGUUCUUGAAUUCUCUGCCAGCCAAUCCAUAUACAGCUGUUUCACUCAAUGCAUUCUUGCAAGUGGCUGGAUAUGCUCUAUUUAGAAGAUAUAAGUCUCAGUUCUUAAAGAUGUUGAACAUCGUCUCAAAUAACUUUUUAGUUGAUCUGAAAUCACGUAAUAUACCUGAAUCAACGAAGAUUAUUGCAAAUAUACAGGCUUAUAUAGAGGAUAAAAUGUUCCUUCAAGUGCCAGAAGGAAAGAACCUGCAGUCAAAUACAUUAUCCAGUGCGAAAGAACCAUAGUCACAGUAAGCAAGGAGGUGCUGAUUUUACUCAUGGAAGCAGACUCAAGUGACACCAGGAUGGUCGAUUUUCUCAUAGGAUUCUUUAUAGGAGCUCCUUAUUUCAGUUGCUGUGUUAUCACCCAAUCAGUGGGUUUGUAAUUUUGUCAAAUUUCUGUUAUUUUCCCAUUUAUGUAUGAGUAUUGACGAGUAUAAAGUAUAAACUAAUGGUUGUAAUGGAAAGAAAGAGGGUAUCAUUCAUUAGAAA